AUGAUUAUUAGGUGUACAGUCAUUGGCAUUUACCUAUAUGUGUAUUGGGUGGGGCUCCAUUUUCAUUCUCCAGUAAGCCAGUAGAAAUCCCCUGAAAGUCCUUAUUCCCACAAAGACAGGCUUGAGCCUCUGCCAGUUGCGGUCAAAACCCAAUUUAAUCUUAAGAUUCUGAAUGGGCAAAGAACUAACCAAAAAACUCCCAGAAUCUCAUGGGUGAACAGUAAUGUCAUGCCCCCUCAGCCUGUGACACUGCCCGCCCCACCAAUCCAGCCGGUCAAGUCUGUGUCUGCUGGUCUUCUUCAAAGACAACCGUUGCUUUAGUCACCUAGUGUGUCACAGUUGCUAGUUAAAGAGGGCUUCCUGUGUGGAUAGCAAACAGGAAGAGCCUUCAUGAACAUUCUUUGUCAAUUCCUGAAGUCAUUCUGUUAUCUGAUUAGAUGUGAAUUGGAUAGAUUUAACCAGUAAAAAUCAUACAUUGGUAGUUUAAAAAUCCAGCAUUUAAAGCUUUGGCUACAGAAACACUGUUGCAGUCCACUUCUCCUUUUGCAUACAGAAUUCCAGCCCAUGAAGGACGUCACUCUCCCUCCCAGAGGUACAGAGAGUUCUUUCACAUGCUGGACUGAGCUAGGGACUGGGUCAGCUGGGUGGGAAGUAUAAAAGAGGGGAAGAGAAGAGGAGACAAGGGGAAGAGAGCAAAGCAGAGGGAAAGAGAUGCUUGUUGUGAUACAGAGAAUAACAUUAGAGAAUAAAGGGCUUUGUUAACGGUCCGUUAUUCUGUUAUACUUGCCUGUCCUGGUCUCGUUGCUGCUCAUCUCCAGUGAGCAGUGCAAUCCACGUGGAAAAUGGACGACUGACCUACCUGGCCGCAGUUUAAUUAUUGAUCUCCUGGCUGUAAUGGUAGAAAGCUGUGAUUCAGGAGAGGCUCUGUGAAGAGGAAGGUGUCUGGUGUGCUGAACGAGAACUCCCCUUCUUCCACCUUUUCCUUUGAGUUGGUUGACAUGGAUCCCGCCCAGCCCCUCUACCAGCCUGUAAAACCCCACUGGUUUUACUGUCGCCGCAUUGAGUCCAAGGACUUGUGGCUCCCCUUCAGCAGAGAGGACUCAGAGAGACUGGAACAGGCCUGCACUACUAUCUGUGUUACAGGUGGAAACGAGGAGGUGAUGGUUGCCGUGGAAGGGGAGAGAUACGAUGUGCGCGUGCUGGAGCGCCAGAGGUACGCUGUGUACUGGGACCAAAGGCCGUCAGAGGUCAGACGUUGUACCUGGUUCUAUAAGGGAGACAAAGAUACCAGAUACGUUCCCUACCCUGAGGAGUUCAGCAACAGCCUGGAGGAGGCCUAUAUGAUAGCAGUGACUCUAGAUGAGUGGAAGAGGAAGCUGGAGUUUCCUUCAGGAGAGACAGUCAUCCUGCACAACCCUAAACUGUUCAUGCAGUACCAGCCAAUCACGUUGCAGGACGAGUGGGUGUCGUCUCCCUCAGAGCAGACGCGUCCACGCACUGUCAAGAGGAGUGUUGACAACAUCACGGCAGAGAUACCCGAUGGUGAACCUGAGAAAAUUGACCACCUGGUGUUCAUGGUUCAUGGCAUCGGCCCUGCCUGUGACAUUCGCUUCAGGUCCAUCAUACAGUGUGUCAAUGACUUCAGGAGCGCCUCCCUGUCCCUGUUGGGGAGCCAUUACAGGAGAGGUCAGGAGGAGGGCAGGGUGGGCAGAGUUGAGUUCCUGCCUGUCGACUGGCACAGUGCACUGCAUGGAGACGCAACUGGAGUAGACCAGGACAUCCAGAGGAUCACGCUCCCCAGUAUCAGUCGUCUGAGACAUUUCACCAAUGACACUCUGCUGGACCUCUUCUUCUACAACAGUCCUACUUACUGCCAGACCAUAGUGGACACGGUGGCCUCAGAGGUCAACAGGCUCCACUCACUGUUCAAGCAGAGACACCCAGAGUUCACUGGAGCAGUGUCUGUGGUUGGACACAGCCUGGGCUCGCUGAUCCUGUUUGACCUGCUGACCAAUCAGAAGAUAGGAUCAGGAGAGACAGAGAUGGAUGAGGGUCAUCGUGGUGACCCCUCCCUUCUGACCUGUGAUGUGUUGGAGGAGGCUAUGUGCAGAAUGGGCCUCCAGGAGCACCUGGCUACACUACAGAGGGUGGACCUCGACCUGGACUCCCUGGCUCUGUGUGAUGACACUGACCUGGCAGCACUGGGACUCCCUCUGGGACCGAGGAAGAAGAUCCUCAACUUCAUACAGAAAAGGCGCCUACUACAUGAGGGUCAGCAGGGGAUGGUGCUUUUGGCCCCCGGGCUGCAGGCCCCAGAAGACCCUUCUCCCUUAGAGAGCCUUGGCCAGCAGUCUCCAGGGACACCACCAAGGCAACGCCCGCUUCUCAGAGGCCAGUCAUCAACCAGCGCUGUUGACUAUGAAUACUUUGAUGUGGGCAUUGGACAGACCAAUGGAGGCAUAGCCAAGGGACAGGUGUCCAUUAACUACCCCCAGUUGGCAUUUCAUCCUCAGGCCUUCUUUGCUUUUGGUUCUCCCAUUGGAAUGUUCUUGACUGUUCGUGGACUCAAACGCAUUGACCCAAACUACAGUUUUCCCACCUGCAAGAAUUUCUAUAACAUAUACCACCCUUUUGACCCUGUGGCAUAUCGUAUCGAGCCCAUGAUUGUAUCUGAGGUGGACUUAGAGCCUAUGCUGAUUCCCCAUCACAAGGGCCGCAAGAGGAUGCACCUGGAGUUGAAAGAGAGCCUGACACGAAUGAGUACCGACCUGAAGAAUAACGUUCUGGGCUCGUUUCGUACUGCCUGGCAGUCGCUGGUCCGAAUGCCGGCUCCUUCACUGCCCCAGACGGAGGAGGGAGAAACUUCGGCAGAAAGGUCCAUGAUUGAAAUAGAGGAGACAGCAUGUGCUGCCGUGAGGAAAGAGAGUAAGGCUGAUUUGUGGACAAAAAUUCUGGAGUGGCCCAAAAGCCCUUCGUUUAUACAUUACUUCCAAGGUGUUGGUGAACCUCCGGAGUCUACAGGGUCUGCAGAAGAGGAGGAGGGGCAUCAAGUGCAGGUGGGCAUGUUGAACGGAGGGAGGAGGAUCGACUACGUCUUGCAGGAGGCACCCAUUGAGAGCUUCAACGAAUACCUGUUUGCUAUUCAGUCUCACCUCUGCUACUGGGAGUCCGAGGACACCGCCCUGCUGCUGCUGAAGGAGAUCUAUGACAAACUGGGUGUGGCCUUUGAGCAACCACCGCAGUAAUCAUGGCUUUACUAACACAGAGACAAUUACAAAGGCUGAAGAACAACCAAAGGUCAAUGGAGAUGCUCGGCUGAGAGCAUAAACAGAAAGUUAUGAAGGCUAUAUAGACGAGAAGGAAGCUAUAAGCAAGUGUGUGUAUAUAUAUCCACUGAGAGUUAUUCAUAUUAAUUUCAUUUUUUAUGAAAAGCAACAAAACGAUAUUGAUCAUAGAUGCAGCCAGAGUUCACUCCCAGAAUGCCUUGUGUCUAAGCACCGCCUUGGACACAUCGGGUCGGCCUCUGGAUGUGUGACUGAAUUACCCACCUUGCAGCAGAUAACGUGGAGAUCACUGGAGUACCCAUAGAGAAGUGACAGAGCUCAUCUCCUGUCCUCUGACCACACAGGCAGUGAUGUUGAAGACUGACUCCUGUAUGCAAAAUACAAUUGUCGUCCCAUCUCCUAGAACCACGCUGAAAGCUCUGGACUGGGUGGUUCUGCUGCAGGGACAGGCUGUGUGAUUAACAUGUGUUUCUAACCGGUCAUCCUGUUUGAUUCUUCUGCAACCUUUUUAUCAGUUAUUUGUAUCACUUUUUGUUCUCUGCCUUAGACUUACGUCAUAAUACAUGGACAAUGAAGGACGUUUAUGCAGGACAAUGAUUGCUCUACCUUGUUUUUAGUGCAUGUUUCUAGAAGGUUGUCUACCAGCACUACCAGAAGGGUAACACUUAUGCUGCAUCAGAUUCUAAAAAACCCUGAGAAAGGGUAUGAACACAUUUAACCCAUUCUCACUGUGUCAUGUAUAUGAAGGCUUUAUGAGCGCUACAUAUCACCACCCUGUAGUGUUACCAUAAAAAUUACUCCUAUGAUGCCAGUGCAAUUUGAUACUAUGAUGUCACUCUAUCUUAACUGACUACGGACAACUAUGUAUUUGUAUUUCAAUUAUUGUAAAAACUGAACUGACACAGUAUGUUUCCUUCAAGUACUUGAAAGGUGAAAGUGCACAGGCUUAUCGUCCCGUGUGUGUGUGCAUGCGUGCGUGUGCGUGUGUCACCCAGAACAUAUCAGUCAAUCAGCACUGCAGUCCUUUAAAAGGCAUGAAUCAUCACUAUGGCUGAAUCUGACCACACACCAUCUUAUUUUCUCUGCUGACAGAACUGGUUAAACUAUCGUUCUGGUCCAGGGGGGCUUAUGGAAUGCCUGACCCCAGACCCCAACAGUUGCGCUUCAUUUUUCAAUUGUCCAUUCACAGAAGAAGGGAGUUUGAUUAGGCAACUGACCUUCUGCUUGUAAUGUUCUGUGUAACAUGUCCCUGGUCUUUUGAGGUCACACCUCCUAACCUUGUCAUGCCUCCUGUUGUAACAGGCUAAGAUAUAGUUCACAAAACUGUUAAUAACAUUUAAUUUAGCUGACUGGUUUGCUUUAUUACUUAAUGUAAGCAUGAUAUGAUAUAAUUUUUUUACUGACAUCAAAUGUUUUUCAUUAAUAAUGUUACGAUUAUCAGAUUAUACAACUAGAUUAUGAAAAGAUUAUCAGGCUGUCAUGCAAUAUAUAGCAGCAUAAUGCGUUAAACCUUUGUUAAUGUGUUUUUUC